CUCCUGCUCCAUACUGGAUACCAAGGAAAGUGGACAGUGACAAAGGGCACAUGGAAAAAUCAUCCCAGUGCGGCCGGAAUGGGGCAUCUGUGAAGUGCGCUCAGAGGAUUCACAGAGGAAGAGAAAGGGAAGAAUGGCAGAGGGAGUGACGUGGACACAGACACAGAGGCAUGGAAGCCCCUGAUGCGUACGGCUGGCCCUGUGACUGUGACCUGCACAGAAAGAAGGACACGGGUGGAGAGUUAAACUCGAGCUGGCAGCCUGCUGGAAGUUCAGGCGAUGGCAAUUAUUUACCAAGCCCCAAAUUGGAGCUCAUGGCAGCAAAGGGAGAGAGCCUUUUUUGGGAGUGGCCAUCGAGGCCAGGACCCAGGAUACCAGGGUCCUCCGGAGUAUUCAGACCUGUGGCCUCAGGAGCAAUGGGAUCCAGCAGAGGCAGAGGCUCAUACCCAGGGCUGAGGCACCCAGGCUGUGCUGGAGGACGAUCCAUCCAACCACAGCACAGAGAGGCCUGCAGCAUGGGGGACUGGAGGCUGCAGUCUGCAGAGCUGUGGCCAGCUGUGGAGAGGAGCCCCAUCGCCACCAUGAACUUUUCCGGCAAGUACCAACUGCAGAGUGAGGAGAACUUCGAGCCCUUCAUGAAGGCAAUGGGGAUACCUGAUGACCUCAUCCAGAAGGGGAAGGGCCUUAAGGGGUCGACAGAAAUUGUGCAGAAUGGAAAGCACUUCAAGAUCACGAUGACCAUUGGGACCAGAGUAAACAAGCAUGAGUUCACCCUGGGUGAGGAGAGUGAGAUGGAGACCAUUACCGGAGAGAAAGUCAAGGCCUUGGUUAACUUGGAUGGUGACAACAAGCUUGUGGCAACAUUCAAAAAUACCAAAUCUGUGACUGAACUCAGUGGGGACACACUGACCAGUACCAUGACAGUGGGAGACAUUGUCUUCAAGAGAAUCAGCAAGAGAAUUUAGACAAGUCUGCAUUUCAUGUUCUU